AUGGCCUUCAACGGAACAUGGCAGGUCUACGCUCAGGAGAACUACGAGGAGUUUCUCAAGGCCCUGGGUGAGAAUAUAACAAAUAUUAAACAAAAACUGAAUUAUCUUUGCUUGUAGAUUUUUAUGGCAUGUCUAAACUUGUGGACUGGUUACAGAACUCCCACCAGAAGUCAUCAAGAUGGCCAAAGACAUCAAGCCGAUCACUGAGAUCCAGCAGAACGGCAAUGACUUUGUAGUGACCUCAAAGACCCCUGGAAAGACUGUGACCAACUCCUUCACCAUCGGCAAAGAGGCUGACAUCACCACCAUGGACGGCAAAAAAAUCAAGGUUUGUCUUUUUAAAUCUGUUUUUUUACUACGAACGACACAUAGGAGCCUCCAAAUGUUUUGAUUUGGCACUUGAGUGUGAGUGUUUUUUGUCUGCUGAGUGCAUGCCUGGCAUUUUGGAGUAUUCAUUUUAUGUCUCGUCUCCUUUUUGACCCUUAGUGUGUUGUCAAAAUGGAGGGUGGCAAACUCAUCUGCAACACUGGCAAGUCCACCCAUAUUCAGGAGAUCAAGGGAGGAGAGAUGAUUGAGGUGAACGCACAUCUAAAAUAAUGUCCUGAUGUAUUAUGAGUUUUCUGGGAAGAAGAUUACAUGUGUUUUACUCUGUUUUUGGUUUUCAGACUAUGACCGUAGGCUCAACAACUCUGAUCAGAAGGAGCAAGAAGAUGUAA